UCAGCUUCCAGGCUGAAACGGCAGCCUCUCGUCGCUCCGGCGUUCGAAUGAAGAGUCCUCACGGCUCCCCUCUCAUCGCCUGAGUGAUGGGUGGAGACUGCAGCGACACUCAGUUCUGGGAUGCCUUGCUCAAAAAAUGCGUUGCCUGUCAGACAGUGUGUCGGCAGCAGCACAUCAUCUCCAGAUGCUCCAGUUACUGCGUGUUGGCGCGCUGUAAGGCCAUGCACGCUCACUACUACGAUCCCCUGCUGAAGAAAUGCAUCAGCUGUACCAAGAUCUGCGGCAGACAUCCAGCAGACUGCUCCCAGCACUGCCCCGGUCUCUCCCCUGUCGUGACCACCCAGACGCCACGGCCUGAAGUCCCCUCUCGCCGACCCAGCAACAGAGUGAUGGGUGGAGACUGCAGCGACACUCAGUUCUGGGAUGCCUUGCUCAAACAAUGCACUGACUGUCAGUCAGUGUGCCGGCAGCAGCACGUCGUCCCCAGAUGCUCCAGUUACUGCGUGUCGGCGCGCUGUAAGGCCAUGCACGCUCACUACUACGAUCCCCUGCUGAAGAAAUGCAUCAACUGUACCAAGAUCUGCGGCAGACAUCCAGCAGACUGCUCCCAGCACUGCCCCGGCGUGAGGAGUUCGUCCACAGAGAGCAACAGUCUUGGCACACAGACUGUUAAGGGACUGACAGUUACAAGCUGGAACGUACCGGCCGGAAUCAAUCCUGUGAAAAGAGCCCUCUCCCCCGUCGGGACCACCCAGACGGCCCUGCUCAGGGUUGCCCCUCACGUUCCCACCUCCGGGAGCCUGCUGCUGCUGGAAGGCUCGGCCGUCCUGCUCUACUCCCUCCUGGCCGUCUGCAUGCUGCUGCUCUUUUCCAGCCUGUGUCUGGCCUUGGCCGUGCUGCUGAGAGGGAAGAAGGCGAAGAGUGCGGACCCGGCGCCGUCUGAGGGCGGGAGCCGCGAGGCGAAGUAUGCCGUCCAGCCGAGGCAGGAGUUCGGGUUUCCGGGGAUCCGAGAGGGGAGGAACACCAAAGCUUCUCCAACACAUCCGGCCUGCCGUACUGGCUCCGAGGCAGCGCACGACUCCAUCCCGACUGAGACCUGCGUGUGCGUCCACUGCUUCCCUGACCUGAAGUCCCCGAGUCAGGCUAACGACAGACCGCCGGGGGCCAGGACCUCCUAUCAGUCCUCCACCCCACAGAGAACCUACAACAGCGGCCCCCUCUGGACCGAGGGGAGCCCCCACAGCCAGACCCAAGGCCCAGUGGUUCAGGUGGAUCCAGGAGCUGGUUGAGAUUAACUUUCUCGCGCUAUCUCGGCAACAUCAGACAAGAUUUUCGACAUGUGGAACAUGUCCUAGACUAGUACAACAAAACCAACUGUGAACAUUUAGCAACAUCAAAGCAGAGGUGGAUUCACUGAAACACAAGCAUGGGAAACAGAUCUUCAGAUUUCUAAGUCCAGGGUAGCAGGUUUGUAGACGGCUGGCACAACCAAGUGCAACUUUGGACUUUAUUCUCUGAACGUGUCAGAAAUCUGAAUAAUUCACGUGUACAGCAGCUACCUGCAGCUAUGAACCAAUCAAUCGAAAUUCCCUGGAAACUGGACGCAUUGAUGAGUAUUCAAGUUGAUGGAUCACAUCACUGCUUCUGCCAUAUUGAACCACGGAGGCAGUUUAUUUCAUUGUCGACAAAUUCAGCAAUAUCAGCUUUUAGAACAGUGCUGCAGGCAGCAGGAAGACAUAAAAAACUGCCAAGUGCAUGAACAAAUUAUAGCUUGUGAUGAUGGCAUUUGGGGGUGAAUUUCCCAUCAGCCACCUGCUAUUCCACUGAUCAGUUCUCCUGUAAAUAAUCAGUCAAGUGUCAAACAGCAGCUCCUCCUGGGCUGUAAAUGCAAUUAACUCCGACCACAGUUUCUUUUCAACUUCACCUGAAGCUCUGUGCAGUGAAAGGAGAAAAUGGCAUGUCAUUAUUAGCCACCCCCCCCCCCUCCCACCAGCGCCUAAUUAAUGCAUAUAUAGUGCAUAUUAAAAGCCAGUCAUAAAAAAGUAUAAUCUAUACUUUAUAUUCAAGCCGACCUUCAUUAAAAAACUUAAUUUAAUGUAUAUGAUAGCCACUCUGCAUGUAAAAACACGUCUUGCAUGUUAAAAAUACCAUAUUAAAGCAUAUGCGUAAGUUUUGUUUUUGUUGUCUGUUGUAUAAGAUGAACCAUGUGUUCAUGCCUUCUACUUACUUUGCAGAAAGUUGACUGUAAAUCUUUGACGGACCGUCUGCAUAAAGAAGACUACAAGUUUAAAGCAGGAAGUCUCAUUUUAAUCGAUUUCCUUCACACAGUGGUAGUAGUUCCUACUUUUGACCACCAGAUGGCGGAAUUCCAUUUCUCCACGGACAACCACAA